ACUCCCCCCUCUGGCUCGCUGGAAGGGUUGUUAUGGCAACUGUACAGCAUGUGCCUUCAAAAACAAGAGCUUGACGUCCUUCGCCAGUUCUGUCGACACUCGACAUCUACGACACCAUCUAAUAAUUUUGGUAUUUGGUAUUCAUACAGCCGAAGAGAGUCAAAGAUGAGCGGAGCCAAAGCCCGCAGCGACGCGCCGGUUACUGAAAAUGUCUCCGGCAGCGGGCACAGCACUGCGGCUCCUCCGCGGGACCGCAAGCCCGUCGGAGGUGUUCUGAAGAGGCUCAAGUCCCGGAUGAGCCAGGUGGACAACAAGCCCGUCACGGAGGAAGACCUGCGGACACAGAAUGGACACAUCACCCCGGAGGAUGUGCUAGGACUGCGGGUGGCUACGCGAGGGUACCUCUGUAAACCUGAGGACAAUGUUUAUAACAUUGACUUUGUGCGCUUUAAGAUAAGAGACCUAGAGACUGGCACUGUCUUGUUUGAAAUUGCCAAACCACCACAUACAGAGGAUGAUGAGGAGACCCGAGAGGCAGAUGCCAGCGCGGGUCGAUUUGUACGCUACCAGUUCACACCAGCCUUCCUGCGACUGAGGACUGUGGGAGCCACGGUGGAAUUCACAGUUGGAAACAGGCCUCUAAACAAUUUCCGCAUGAUUGAGAGGCACUACUUCCGGGAUCACCUGCUCAAGAGCUUUGACUUCGACUUUGGCUUCUGUAUCCCAAACAGCCGUAACACCUGUGAGCACAUCUACGAGUUCCCCCAGCUGUCUGAGAGCCUGGUCUGUCAGAUGGUGGAGUGGCCUUACCAGACCCGAUCAGACAGCUUCUAUUUUGUGGAGAACAGACUGGUCAUGCACAACAAGGCAGACUACGCCUAUAAUGGAGGACAGUGAUAUCUGUCUGCUAGCGUGCAAACUAGGGGUGGAACGGUUCGCAAAAUUCAGGCUUCGGUUCAUAGCACGGUUUUGGGGUGACGAUUUUCGGUCUUCAGACACAGCUGUUUAAAUCGCUCAACAUUUUCCUGCCUACACCUCAACCUAUUUCAAAUGAACCGAACAACUGCCCUGAACCAUGACUGGUGAACCGAAUGGGUUGGAUUCUCAAACUGUUCCACCCCUACAGGAAACACACACACCUACACCCAAACAUGCAGGCACACACAAGCGCUCACAUUUAUAUUUAUCAGUCUCUGCACUGACAUACAAGCAGGAAGCUUCCAUUAGAAAGAAUUUCAAAAUCGGUUAGUUUAUCUGUUUUUAACUAUGAUACAGAUCAGAACCAAAAGAGGACUCAUCCCUUUAGUGGCCAUAUGUCUCAAACAGACCAAACGAUUAUUAGAUAGUUAGUCUCCUCUUAGCACUUUUAAAAGUGUCCUACUACCCAGCCAACACACAUACGCACACGCAAUCCCAAAACACAUAGUGUUUACAGAGUGUUUGUCAGAAGCAGCUGUUCUCAGAGCUUCCGCCUCCAUAAUCCACUCCAGACAAUAUUGGGGGCGAAAGAGGGGAACCAUCCACAAAAACACUCCUGUCAAACACACUUGGUCACUCUUGUGGUUCCCCUUCUUGUCUCCCUUUCAUCUCUUGCUUUCACACACACAUAUACACAUCAAAAUAGCAGUUUUGAUGUGUAUAUGUGUUUGAAGAAAGAUCUCUGAGGUACUACCAUUUAUUUUUGUUCUGCAGUUUUCUCUGGUUGGUAGCAACAUGGAAAUAGGUCAGUAAACAGUUAACUACAGCUUCAUUUUAACCUUAGACUACAACAAAAUAAAUAUGAUGAACAACAGCAGAAAAGUAAAUGCAUGUGAUUAUACAAGCAAAAAGGGAAAGACUGGGCUUCCUUAAAGUCACAUCAAAUGUUUUCUUUCCCAUCUUAGUUUAAUUUAUUGUCAUUUUGAAUCAUUCCCUUAAUUCCACGCAUCUUAAAACAAAUUGGAUGAUGUAUGGAAAUUGACUCAUCUUUCUUCUAGCUAGAACCUCCUCUUUGUACUUUGCAAGUGUUCAGGGUUAAAAGCGGUGUUUGUAAAUACACACAUACAUAAAUAUAUAUAUAUGAAUAGUUUGUACA